AUUGCGACAGGAAAAGGAAAAAGAAGCGGCAAGAUCAGCCCAGCCACCCAUUCAUCUAGUCCAAACGUACCAGCGUACUUGCUUUUCCAGCUUUCUCAAGCUACUUCUCAAGCUACAUAGUAUUGCACCUGCCUGCCUAGUAAAUAGUAGGUAUCAAUUUCAGCAUACAUAUAACAUUUAAGUUCUGAAGCGUAGCCGCUCCAUAUGUGGAGCAUAGCCAGCCAGUCCAAGGAGGGAGCGAGCGAACGAGCGACACAAGCGAAACAAGCACCUACAUAGUCGCAGUAGCACCCGGCAGCUUGACCCUCUAGUCGUUUGUUUUAAUAAAAAUAACAUUUGAAGUCUCCACACACCUGAGAGUUGAAAGUUGGGGGGACCAAUUUGCAUCUUUUGGAUCUAAACAAAAACAACGUUAUACCCGACUUUCGAACCGUUGCGACGGUAUACAACCUUAAUUUUUAUAAUAUACUCUCUCCCCAGGAUUUACUAAACAAAGAGUACUUCUGGAUGGACUCGACUAUACGUACUGAGUCUAACCUUUCAAGAUGAUGACUCGAGAUCGUCAUCGCCGGCGGAGUCCCGAGUCGACUCGCCGCCGGCGCAAGGAACGGCGUGAUUCUCGAGAACAGCUUCAAAACCAACAGAUUUCGGCUCCUAUCCCACAUUUCGAAGAAAGAGUCGAGUCUAUAGAGCAGCAAUCGCGUGCGCUCUCACCUCUGUCUUCCUCAUCCUCUACCUCAUCCUCCUUAGUAAACAUAUCUCAACCCUCUACGAGAUUCGGACUAGGCGCGUUUUUCUCGCGGAAGAAACAACACCGCGUAAAGAAGAGGCGUAGCCGCAUCCUUCGAUUUGGGAAUUCGUCUUCGUCGUCCGUAAAUUCGGAUCUUGCAUACGGGAAGGGGUACGUGGACCGGCGUAGAAGCCGAGAAUUCAGUCCUCCGGGUAGCACUGGGAGGCCUCCACGAGCGCGACGUCAGACAGAUGAAGAAAUACUUGAGUUGGGAAGAAAGUUCGCAGAAAUUGCUAGGCAGCAGAAUGCCGAGGACCUCAAAGCUGCUGGGAGAUCCCGGCCAUCUGGAUUACUUGGUGCCGCCUCGGCCCUGACUCAGUUCCGCCGAACGCCUAGCGGGAACUCGAAUAGAGGGAUUGGGAGCUCCAAAGUCCGUCGCGAUUCCUCUCCAGAUGAUUCGGAAUGGGAAUCUGCCUCGGAUGAUGAGUCGUCGAGCUCUGAAUUCGACUCUGGGCUUGCAUAUGGCUCAGGGCUUAGCCUACAAAGCACUGUUGCUAGAGACUUCCAUCCUCAGAGUACACUUUCUCCUCGUCCCGUCCGAGCGUCAAAUUACGACCCGCCUCUCCACCGAAAACGUUCGGUUGUAGAUCCAAAUCUCUUCGGACCUGUAAAUUCGCUUCGUGGUUAUGUUGAGACUCCGUGUGGAUUUGAGAACGUCGAUCGAUCUACACUUAGUGACUCUCGACAAUUUGAAUCUUCAGUUCUUCCUAGUGAAAACGUAUCUGAAAAUCAUUCUCUACAACAGGUAUAUCCAGUUCCUACGUCAGAUCCGCGCCGUUUUGAGGCUGCUCGGGAUCCUGUCGUACCUGAUGUACGGGAGCAAACGAUCUUAUCUCGACCGGCGCCGGUGCCCCUACAGCAACCGAAGCCGAUAGCACCGGUGGCCACGAAAGUGCUUGAUUCAGUGGAAAGAGAUUCCAAAUACUCGGGACGCGCAUCGCCCAAAACAGGCAUCACGGGUAAUAUCAUUGCUAGUGUGGCUGGAGCUGCUAUUGGCGCAGCACUGGGCUCUGGUCGUAGGGAAGAUCGCGACAAGCAAGAGGACCGACGUGAUCGUAAGACUCAGUCCAAGCGCUCGGACAAGAGGGAUGCAAAACGCAAAAGCCGGGAAGCACUCCGUGAAGAACCCCGCGAGCCACCCCGCGAAGCACCUCGUGAAGCACCCCGCGAGGCACGUCGAGAAGCACUCCGUGAGGUACCCCGUGAUGUACCCUUUGACUUACCCCGCGAAGUAUCCCGCGAAACACCCCGAGAAGCACCCCGUGAGCUACCCCGCGAAGUACCCCGCAAGGCACCCCGCGAAGCCGAAGCACCCCAUGAGUCGCCUCGUAAAGUUAAUGACAAUCGCCCCGAACGACCUCGGGGCCAACGGACUGAGCACGCUGAAGACUUUGAAAAACGACUUCGCUGGGAAAAAGUCGUCUCUGAAAUUGAACGUGAAACUGAAAAGGAGAAGCAUCGUGAUAGAAACCUUGGCAAUAAUUAUGAUUAUGACCAGGGGCGUGGCGAACGCGGAGAUGACCGAAAAGACGAUCGAAGUACGGACCAUGGAAAUAAUCGUCCUGAAGAUCCAGAAUACACCCCGGGACAUGACUCGAUCGACCCUUUUCAGUUUCAAGUAACUGAUGAUGCCUUCCAUACCCCCCUCAGUACGACACCGAAACGACCAUUGACACCGAACGUGAUCACCGUAGACCGAGAGCCCGACUUCUCCCGGUUUGAGCCGUCCGAAUAUGAUGUGCACCCCCCCGAAAGAAUUAGCCGAAGAGAUUCCUAUGAGCGUGAACUCCGUAAUGCACGCGACAUAUACCAAGUUAGCGAACACGCAACGGCGCCUAUAAGUGGGGUUGCGUUUGCUGCGGCUGCGGCGGCGGUUAUAGCUGAGGAUCAACGUGGACGUAGUCGUAGUCAAGGAAGCGAUGCGAGCUCUAGGAACAGAUCGCGGCGGAGCGACACCCCACCUGGCGGAAGAGACGCUAUUAUAGAAGACGCCAACCGCUAUUACCGGGAGGCGGAACUUGCGCGCAAACUAAAGGAAGAAGAGAGUCGAUCUCGUAGCGACGCUGAGCGCUCUGUUGUUGAGAAAUGGAAGCAGGAUAAGAAGCCGGCCAUUGUUGAGAUUGUGUCGCCACCUGAGAUUGAUCACCCAAAAAAGAAGAGCCCCUACGACGGACCUGAUGCCGAUGUUCGCAUCGACAAUGUCCUGGAGAAUCCCAGUGAACUUUCCCGUUUUAGAACUAUGGAUAGUAAAAGCCUUUUUGACGGACAAGCAUUCAGAGCCAGGGAUCCUUCUGCUGAGCGUGAGCGUCCAAUGCUCAACCUUGUGCGGCCUACACCCGUCCCCACACCCAUACCAGAACAGCAACGACCUCCAGAAGAAUUCCCUUUGGAGUCUGCUGAUACGGCGGAUAUUAUUGUUUCCAAACGGACGCCUGAUAUAGUUACCGAAUCUCGGGAUGAAAAGGUCACAGCGCCUCCGCCUCCGCCCCCGCCCCCGCCUCCCAAAGCCGUCAGUUGGGGCGAAAACCAGACAAAACACUAUGUGGUUGAGAGCCCAGAGAGAGAGGAUGACCUAUACUCAGGACCUAGGGUUGUGACGCCUGCCAAGACACCAAAGUCACGGUCUGGGAAGAAGAGUCCCUGGGGAAUGAUCACGGCAGCUGUUAGUAGUGCUGACAAUGGUUCACCAUCCUCCAGCAUCCCAGACUCUACUACCGUAGGCGGUGCCAGUGCUAGCAAAUGGCCAACAUCCUCUAGCGGCCCAGAUUCCAACAUAGAUACUGAAGCGAAAAGGAGCAGGCCAGGCUCAAGGGACUCGGAUAAGUCAAUGAAUAGCAGACCUACAUAUCAAUUCGACAGCAUGUAUGACAGCCCGCCCGUCCCGGGCCCUAAACCACCAAGCCCGAGAAGUACUCAGAUGCCAGGCACUUUCUCAGAGGACCCGGUUUUUACAGCGAAUAUAGCCGCUGCGCUUGAAGGAAGUGGCUUUGACCCUAAUAUCAUCAUCAACGACGCGAGCUUCCACAGGCGAGACUCGCCUCCUGGUACGACUGAUUCAGGCGUGUACCAAUCGCCAUUCGUAGAAUCAGUGACGGACUUGGGCAUUGUAGAGCCUACGGUCUCAAGAAAUAGCCAAGAGCAUGGCUUCGUUAUAGGCGAAGUUCCUGAGACGCCCUCCGAUGAGAAGCACAUUUCGGCUGACAAAUCUGACCAUCUCUCCAAAUUUAAUGGCAAGGAACGUCGUAAGCAAGAAACAGUCAUUGAACGGGACGAUGUAAAGAAGCCUGAGGUAAUCGCCGACGACAAUAAAUUUGUAGAAUCUCGUCGGUCUAUCGGGGAAGGGAAUUGGGAUGUACCCUCGAGCCAAGCCAAUAAAAAGGAGAGAAAGAGACGUGACAAGGCCGCGAGAACCCAAAUACUGGGAGGUGACAUAGAUGUCGACGACAUGUCCCAAAAAGAGCAAGAUUUGGAAGCGGAGUUCAUGGGAGCCGGUACUGCUGACGAAGGGGAAGAUGCAAAGAAGAAAAAGAAGAAAUCUAAGAAGGCCAUCGUUGUUCAAGGAGACUCAAAACAGCCAAGUAUUGCGGAGGGCUCUGACACCAUAUUUCCAGCCGACACUUCACACGGCACGGAAGAUACCAAACCGGCAUGGGCAGAAGAUAGAUGGGGUUUCCCCGAGAGGAGGAUGUCUGAGCGUGGACCGAACACAUACAACUCAUUUUCACGAGAAGGGUCUAGGCAAACUGUUGAGCCCGAUACAUUCUCCACUUCUGAGAGAAGAAGCCGACGGUCUCGAUCCGAUGCCGAAUCGUACAGAUCUCCUCGGCCUGCCCCUAUAUCAGAACUUUCAAAGGAAAGUUCUUUUGGGAUAAUCAAUACUGACGGUAUCCCUGCGUCUGAAGAAGAACGCGGCACACCAAUGAGUCGCGGUAAAAGGUCGAGACGUGCUACUGGAACAUUCGACUUUACCCCAGCUUCGGAGGCAUCUUUAGAGCUAGCUCGGAGAGCUAUUGAUCUCGGCGGCGAACAAGACGUGCUAACGAAGAAUAGAAAGAUUAAGCGCAGCUCUAUUGAUGAUGAAUUUGCCUCCACAGCUAUUCCUAGCACCCAUGAUCGGGAUAUACCCAAGAUAUUAAGGAGGAAGUCUAAACGAGACUCAGAGGGUUACCACUUUCAGCGUAUAGAUUCUCCUGCUAGGGAUAUCAUUGACAGCUCCCAAGAAGUAGGCGAGCCCUCUAGCAACUUGCGGAGCGAAACCGCAGCUCCCCUGGAUGAGAACGACAGUGUGCCAACAAAGCCGAAAAGGAGCUCUCAAUUAGACUCAACCACUCAUAAGGAGACUCCUUCAACCCCUGUAGCUCAGCCUACAGCUCCACGCGAAAGUCCAGAGACCAGCUCCAAAAAAAUGAAACAGGAAUUCUAUCUUGAUUCGCCAUCACGGCCUGAUAGCCCUCGGAUGAAGAAUAAAGAAAAGAAGCGCUGGAGUACCCCUGGCGAUUUCCCCGAGGAGGGUGAUAUUCCUGACGAAAGCGACCCCCCCGAUAGAGCAAAAGGGCGUCUGGAAGAUCUAAAUCGUGAUGUUGGCUCUGUGUUGUCAGGUCCUAAUCAGCAAGAGGAACAUCCGUCACCUAAAAGCAAAGCUGUGGAUAACGUCGGCGAUAUAGUACCAUCUAUAGUACCAGCUACAGUACCAGCUACAGUACCAUCUACUGCUGGUAGCAGUGAUCGACUAGGUCGAAAGGGUUCCAAGUCAGAAAAGGACAAAAGGGGUAGCGGGAACUCAAGUUUUUUUGACCGGUUCAAAUAUUCGAUUGGCAUAGUAGAGGAAAGAGAACGCCCGCGCAAACUGGAAGAAGACAAGAAGAAUUCUUUUUUAGAUAAUGCCGGCACUCAGAUUGGCGCGGGUGUCGGCUCGACGGGCAUUCCUGUCGCUCCUACAUCCCAGGAGUCCCGGUCAAAUGCCACCAAUGUUCCUUCGGAAGAGGAAGCCCAAACUGUCCCCUUCACUCCCGAGAGACAAUCAUCACAACCACAAGAUAUUAUUGACCCCGAGAUUGUCCCAAGGGAAAUUCGACCAGCCAUCGAUCCCAAGUAUGGCGACCUUUUACCCUUACCUCCAAGCCGCCCUGGGUCCCCUGUUCCCGAGCUUGGUGACAACCUGCCGCCUCUGCCGGAUAGCCGUCCUGAAACACCUGAUCAUGAUCGAGCUUUACGCGAGAUGCCUCCUCAUUCACGCCGUCGCAGUACCCUCGACACUCCCACAAGACCAAAGACACCUAGUCAAAGUGCAGUACCCAUUCAGUUCCGGCUAGGACACAAACGCACACCUUCAUCUUCAAGCCAUGCCAGGUCACCUUCGACCGUGUCACCAAUUACCGGAAGCAUGGACUUCGGAAGCGAACUUAGAACUCGUUCUCGUCCAAUCUCCUGGGAAGGCUCUCGGUGGGAAGGUUCUCGGGAAUUCAAACCUCUUCUCCUUCUCCAAAGGUUAGCGCGGGGAUCAAUUGACUCAACAACGUCACCCGAAAGAGAGCUUUCUAACGAGCGGCUGCAAGAUAUGUCGCCUAAAACUGAGGCACGUAUAGACUACUCGCGACUUCCGAGCCUUUCUCCCACAGAAUCCCGUCACCCGAGCUCCUUAUUGCAUGAGGAUUUAUUUCCUAGGCCAAUACAAGAAAAAGAAAGUGAGUCUGGUGAAGUAUCAGAACUCGUUCACGCAACUGAGAUAACUGCUCAAUCCCUGGAUAAUGGCUCGCCCGUUCGAUCUUUUGAUGAGGUUAUACAUCAUCGGAGCCCUAUAGGGGACCAUUCCCAACUAGAAUCUCUCCCCGAACAGCCAGCCCUGGAGUAUGUUGAGGAUAAUACGACUGCAGCCGAGUCGGUAGUAUCAAGGCCUAGUAUUCCAAGCCUGGAUCUUCGUUCACUUUCACUUUCAACUGAGGAACCUAGUGACGCAGUUUCGCCAACUCUCGUAUCCGGCCAGGAGAAUAUAAACUCUCAUGUACCGGUGGAGGAGGCUACUCAUUAUUCAAGCCACAAGAUUGAAGCUGUAGAGCCUCCUGCAACCCUAAGCAAGGAAACCUUCCCCUCAGACGUCUCCCCUAAAAGUGAAAUUCCUCGGUGGACAGAUCCUAUAAACGUUCCUGAGGGUAGCAUUGAGGAUAGUGGCCCUAACAACCCUGGUUCUUCAAAGUGGUUUCACGAUGCUAGCAAAACAUCAGGGAAAGGUUUAGACGAAGUUGAAGACCUGCCGCAAGUUCCAACAGACGUCGAGGCCCAUCUAGUACACCACGAACCCCCUCGAACUUUGACGAGCUUCUUACCAAGUCUCAUUGCAAACUUUAGGUCUCGAAAUGGAACUGCUGAGAAUCCUCUCACUAUUAAGCGAACGGAAGAGUCUAUAGUGGACAUGAGCCGUAAGAAUAGCAUGCGGCGGGGCUCGGAGCAGGACAUUGACGGCAGCACACUUGUCGAAGAGCCAUCAUCUAGACCAUCUACCUCGUUCAUGAGCGAGAAAUCGUUUUUGAAGGAAACACCAGAAACAAAUACUGUUGCAUCUGAGCCUAUGCCUGAACCGUUAAACGUCCAGCAGAGCAUUGGUACAAGUUCGAGGAAGAGCAAGAAAAAGAGAAAAAACCGCAAGUCUCAAGUUGUGGAAGAUAUCCCAGACAAUCAAUCUGUUAUAGCAGAUACUGGGAUAGACAGCUCAGAUGAAGCCCACAUUCGACCAUUCGGAGAAAGUGCUACAGCUGACAGCACCCUAACUCUGCAAGAGCCUUUUGCCAUCGAAAGAGAAGAGGUUUCUGUGCCAAAACCUGCUGAUAUCAAACAUGAGCCAACCCUUGCAGAAGAGUCUCGUGUAGCCCAACAGGAUGUCCCUACAAUUAAGCAAGAGCUUCAUAAUGAGCCAAAGCUCACUGGUGGAAAAGACAUCUCCAUUACUGGUGCCGAGACUGCUUUUAACUCACGUGUUUCUACUGCCGAACCAGAAAUCUCUAAUCUUGAACCAAAAUCUGCAAGCUUCAGAUCGGAGUCCCCUAUUUCUGCGCCAAAAUCAAGCUUCAGCAACCCCAUUGCUACAACUAUUGAGACAGAGCCUUUGACAGAAGGUUUAAAAGCCCAGGACACGCCAGCUACCGAGCAUGAUUCAACUACUAUCGAUGUUUCUGCUACUGAAACAGAGCCGCCUUUCGAACCACGAGAAACUCAUAUCGAUCCGUUGAUAUCUGCUGUCGAAUCGAAGUUAAAAACGCCUGAUACAGAACUACCUGUUACUGACAAAGAAAUGGGAUCAAUUGAGGCAGAGCCGGUUGUUGACCAAGAACUGGCCUCUGACUUUACCGAGAACGAGAAACUUGAUCAACCGACACUAACAACGGUCCUGGACAACUCUGCGAGUGUCUCGGGGAACGAAAAAGAGAGACAGAAGGGUAAACAGAAAGCAUUAUCAGAUAUAGAGCAGACAGAGGCCAUUGUUUCAGAGGCACCAGCGAUACCAACUAGACAGUUGACACAGGGGAGCGACAUAGAAACUGAGGCAGCGCUCGCCAAGUUUCAAGCAUCUAGUCAAGACGAACCGGAAGAUUUCAUUCCAAAGGACUUGAGUGUAACUCAAUCAAUGAUGCCUGAAGAAACCCCAGCUACGCCUAAGAAGUCUAAGAAGAAGAAGAAGAAGGGCCAGAAGACGCCAGCAUUGGUGUCUGAACAUGAAUCUGAGACAUGUAGUGAGCAAGUUACUACGCAGGAAAAAGAUAAUCAACCUCUUCAUGAAGAAGCGCCAUCUCUUUCAGAAGUGCAAGAAGCAGAAACAGUGAUGCAGCUUGAUAGCCAAGGGCUUGAUAGUCUCCCAGAAGGCCCAGUAGAAACAUCGGUUAUUCACAAUGAGAUUGAUUUACAUUUAAAUCUACCAAUCGACGAUAAAGCGAUAAAUGGGGAAAUACUCUCAGCAGAGCCUUUGGAACCUAGCGAAAGUGUGUAUGGUGACUGGGUAACAGCUCAAGAAGCUGCCUCUCCUAGCGGAGAGCUUGAACCGUUGUUGUCUGAUCUGAAGAUCGAAGGUCCUAGUGGAAUUCAUUCCGGCCCCUCAUCUGAUCAUGGACGGGAUGAGCCGUCAUAUCUGGCAUUGGAACCAAUCGUGGGAGAAAGACAGAUAUCUGGGGAAACGGUAAACUUGGAGGAUUCUACAGAAAUAAAUACGUCGCAAGCGGAUCUAAACGCCAAACAGGAACAACAACACGAUGAGCAGCCCACUUUGGUAGACACUAGUAUAUUGAGCCCUGUCAAGCGGGAAUCAAGCGACUUAAGUUCAUUGGAACAUACACACGUGGAUGAAUCAUCGAUGCAGCCCAACUUACUUGGCGGUGAAGACAGCAAAGAACAGCCGCACCUUGCAUCACACACUCCACCUGAUGCUCCACUUUCCGGCACCAGCACAAUGGAAGACUUGCAAGACCGAUCAGCUGAACAAAUCGAGGCGGUGGAAGAGACUGUAGUUGUACAUGCCCCAGAGGAAGACGUCCAGCCAUCCAGUAUUUCCGAUAUUUCCAGCGAAUCUAUUGCUCCAAAGUCACAGGAAAUGUUGGAGUUCCAAGAGCCUACCAGUAAGGAAGCGAAAAAUAAUAAUGAGAAGCGCCAAGACAUUUCGGAAGCUGUGGAAGCUCCGAUAGGGUCUGCGAUCAUUGAACAAGUUGUUUCCCAAACGGCACCCUCGGAAGCCAAUAUUAAUGAACCCCCGGUCAUUGGUGGCAUUCCAGAAAAGCCCACCCAGGAGUCGAUCGAGCCAGUCACCGGCGACCCGUCGAAAUCAAUAGAACCACAGCCCAAUGUGGAGCCUGUGCGUGAACUAGUAUCAGAGCACAUUGACGUAACUGAAAAUAUUCAAUCUGAGGUUGAUCGCUCUAACACAAGUUUCGAAAAGAGCGAGAAAACCCAGCAGGCUGUUGAUGCACUGUCAUUGGCAGCACAUGAACCUGAGUCUUCAGAACCAGUGCAGCAGCUUACAACUAUAGAGACGGACAUCGAUUCUAGCCUAGACAAGGUCAAGGUGGAUGAGCGAAAGGAUCCUGAGCUUGUACAAAGUGAGCCUACCAUCGGCCUGACUCCUCAAGAAACAACAGGUGAUACAGCAACAAACCCAACGGACCGUAUUACUGAUUCCACAAGUAACACUACUACAACUAUUGGUAACGACAAGGAAGUAGAUCAAUUACAAGUAAAGACAGAUGACUUAUUGUUUGCAUCAGAGGAAUUAAGGAAGGACAAAAAUGCUCAGGAUUAUUCACAUGAUGAGACUGAGAAAAUUGUAACAUCUCCUAUCACUAAUCCAAAGGUUUCAAUUGAGCCAACUUCUGUUUCCGAAGAACUCGCACAGGAAGAAAACGGCGUAUCUAAAUCUAUCCCUCCAAUAGACACCAGAGAAUCUAAAAAGGAUGAGGAGCAGAAGGACCGUCAGGAUGUUGAGCCUACCGGGCCAAAGCAAUCUGAGAACAACCCAAUGGAGGCCCCGGUAGAGCCGACUAUUGGAUUUCCUGCAUCUGACGAAGUCUUCAAACCCGACUGGACAGAAUCGGCUGAGAUAGCACCCCCACAUGACUUUUUGUCGAAUCCGGAGCCAACUGGUCAUGAUGGUCCAUUAAGAUCUGAUUGGGAGCUCUCUCAGGACCAAUCAACAUACUCGUUAGAUCGGCACAUUCAACAUGUCGAGACUCAUGAUCAACUACACAUUCUCGUCGACGAGGAACCCAAACAGGAGUCUAAGGAUGUUGUUGUCAAUACAGUGCCAUAUACAUCAAUUGACCCAGAGAGCACAACGGACUCUGCAGAUACUCGCGUCAAUAAAACCAACCUCGGUUUACAAACAGAGAGAUUGCCACUGCAAGAAUCUAACAAUGCAGAACAAUAUUCAAAUAGGGUGUUGCAGCCUGAACAGCCAGGCGCCAUUGACCAGGAUUCCACAGAGACUGCUAUCAAGCAGGAGCCCAUUGCUUUUGAUGAAUCAGCAGUUGAAGAUGUUCUGCCCACAGAAAAUGAGACAACAGAAGUAUCCAAACCAAUGGCUAAAACGGGUGAUCAAAACCAAACAGAGGGUAAUGCCAUGGCGCCAUCGCAAGUUGACGAGUCAAUAUUAGCUGCGCCUACCAGUGCCGCGGAUGGCCAAUCGAGAGAUUCUGCAGAACAGCUCAACCUGAAUGAGCCGCAAGUUGAGCCUAGUCUUGUGAUUCAAGAGCCCGCCCCUAUUGCUCUAGAAGAACCCCCAACGCCUUCAAAGAAGAGUAAGAAAAAGAAGCGUAAAAGCAAGGGGCAAAACAUACUUGACUCUGCCACUGAAGCCACAGCAUCUGCUCAAGAACUGAGCAUCAAGGAGUCCCCAUCAGACCAGGACAAGCUUCCCUCAACCGUCUCACAAGAUCAGAUAGAUCCUGAGCAGGCUGCGGUAUAUGACCCAAUGACCUCUGAGCUGGGAGCCCACCCGCAUGAUACCGAAGCUGGGACGAGUAAAAAGGGCGAGGUAAAGGACAAGGAAAGCAGUCAUUUACAAGACUCUGAGCCACCCUUUCCUCCACCAGCAGAAGUCAUCCAGACAGAGAUUCCUGCAAUCGAGCAACCACAAUUGUCUGCUCGUGAAAGCAAUCAACUACAAGAUGCUGGUCCUUCGGAGUCAUCACCGACGCAGGAAAUUGAGACGCAACAACCCUCUACUGGGAAGACAUUGCCAGACGAAGCUAGCUUACCUGUCAGUGAAAUAAGCGAGGCAGCGAUAGUGGCAUCCGAUGCCCCGGUCACAACAGAACAAGAUCCUGAAUCGCAAGUAUCUGAUCUUAUGGGCGCGGCUGUUCAACUGCAAAGUACUGAGCAAGAACGAGCUAGUCCGACUGAAUUCACAGGCAACGAUGUACCGGCAGUAGAGACUAUAUCCGAAGCUGUUCUAAGUGCGGAUAUGGCCAAGUCACAUGACCAGAGGGAAGUUCUACAAGCCGGCAAUCUUACUGAUAGCACGAUACUUGAGCAAGAGCCGAUUACUGAGACAUCUGUGGCCAACGACGCCCUAGACAACGUAAUCUCCUCACCAGUCCCUGAAAUAUCCGAAUCUGUUGAUGAGCAACAACAGUCUGUCCACGAAGCAACAACUUCUGCUGAGGACUCUUCUUCCAUAACCCGAGAAGAUGAUUUCACAAUUCUUGACAAACCGAAGGAACUAAUUAGAAGUGCAAGUCCUCCAAUCGGAGAAGAGCCACUUGGCCCAAAUGCUGAGACCCAGCCCACUGUUGAUACAGAAGGCUCAACAGAGUCACCGCUAGACCUCGCCGGAUCUCCUGAGAAUCUAUCUGGUUUGCCAGCGAAAGUUGAGGAGGCAGAAUCUCAAGAUUCUGUCAAGGUCUCCACCGAAGGGAACGAGGAAGCUCAUGAUACGCAGUCAAGCCUUCAGUCUGAUCAGACACAGCAGGACCCCGAGCAGCAAACUGAAGAAAGUCAAGUUGCACCUAGCACUUUUGAACAGACCAGCGUAGACAACUCAACUCCUGUAGAAGUGCUAAGUAAUGGGGAGUCCACCGACGUCGCCCGGGAAGAGGGUGAAAAGACUGAACUGAGCAGGACACAGGAUGAUAGUGAUACUCAGCUCAAAGCUAAUCAGGUACCUCUGGACAUCACUAGCGCCAUGGAUCAGCCGGAAACUCCUACUCAUCAGCAGUGUCAUAGCAAUAAUGACCUCAAUGAUGCUGGAUCUCCUAGUGUGGCCAAGACCGAGGAACAAAGUCGAGUGGAUACCGCGACUACAUCCAGCGACUCUGCUGGAAAUGGAAUCUUAUCAGCUGAAAGCUCAAAAAGUGCAGAUGUUAAAGAACCCGUUUCACCUAAAAAGAGUAAGAAAAACAAGAAGAAGAAACGAGCAAGCAUUCAAGAGCCUGGUCCAGAGCCCGAAGUGCCAAUUCAGUCAGAACCAGGUAUCACGCUUCAGCCAGCAGAAUUGCGCACCGAAAUCAACGCCCCUGACGCACUUCCCAUAAGUACGAAAGUAAUGCUUACCAAAGAUGGUACUUUGACUGGCUCAUCUGAGAUGCCACACAAAUCUACAAACAGUGACGAAGUACUUUUCGUAAACGCACAGGAUAUUGCCACUCUUGCCGAGGAAAGUGUAUCAGAGAUGCAACCAACUGAUACUCUUACAAACGUCGCUGUAUCUGCAUCCAUUGCGAACACCCCUAGCGGUGAAGGUGACGCUCAACAAGAGCCCAUCAAUCUACAGCACGAUGAGCAAGUUGAGAAAAGCCCCCUUUUCACAUCUCCCCGGGGACAGGAAUCUAGUGAUUCUAGCGAGAAGGCCAGUAACUCUAUUCAAGCCGUUGUCUCCGGCGAGCGACAAUAUGAGCCCCUUCAGCUGAAAGAACCGGAAAAACUAGAGACUGUACCACCAACAGAGGAGUCCUCGAGGACAGAUGAACUUGUACAGGCACAGGAACCCGCGAAGUUGAACGAACAAAGCCUUCUAGAAGAGCAAGCGAAGCCAGAAGAACCCUUCGAACCACUUGAUCCUGUAAGUGUUGGAGAGCCUGCACAAAUCGAAGAGCCUUCAAAAUUAGAGGAAAAGAUCCAACCAGCAGAGGCUCUGAAGGCAGAACUAUCUAAGGUUGAAGAGCCCGUGCAGCCUGAAGAUUCUGAGCCACAAGAGCCUUCAAGAACAGAGGGAUCUACGCAAGUGGAAGAGUUCAGUCAUUUUGAGGAAGUUCCUAUACCUCAGGAGGCUGCACAGCCGGAAACCCCCGAUCAAAUGGUAGAUAAUCCCUCUACCGCUGCCGGCGAACCUGGGCCCUCUCCAGUGAGGAAGUCUAAGAAGGACAAGAAGAAAAAGAAGAAGGCUAACCAAGCCAAGGUUGACCACACCCCUGAUAUCGCACAGCCAGCUGCAGGGUCACAAACACAAGUAGUGUCAGCAGAACAAUCUUCGGGGAAUGAGACUUUGAACCCAUCUGAGGCUGUACCUGACAUGGAGGACCCGACAACAAGCUUGAAAGACAUUCAGAACAUAGAUGAUGGUGUCCCCGGGGCAGUCACAGUCGAACAAGUUGGCCAACUCGAAACAGAGUAUAACAUUGAGAACGUGCCUUCGUCAACACGUCCCGAACAACUAAUGCUACCGAAAGAACCUCAAGAACCCCAACAGCCCGACGUCCAGCCUACUGUUGAUGACACGCCAGCAACCGUUGUAGACGUCGCGAGUACAGAGGAUAUUCCGCCUGAGAUCCCUGCAAGCCCGGAAUCCCAAAAAGAGCGUGUAAGCCAAAUCAGUCAUGAACUUACACCAGGUGACAUUACAUCGUCAGAACCCCAGGUGCAGCUUCCACUACCUAGAGACGCUCCGGCUGAAGAGUUGGCGGAGCGCUUUGAAAGUCAGCCCAAGGUUGAGGAGCCAGUGGUCGCGGAUGAAGAGGAAAGGGCCCCAGAACAAGACCUCCAGGAGCUUACUCCUACCAAGAUGUCCAAGAAGGAGAGGCGACGAGCGAAAAAGUUGUCUACCUCAGUUACUGAGCCUGAGCCUGAGCCUGAGCCUGAACGUGACUUGAAAAUUGAGGACGCAGCAAAUACUGGUAACGGUAUGUCAAGCCACGCAGGACAACACGCAAAGCCAGUUGAUCCUGUUUCUGAGGUGGGAAUUACUUCCAUAACAGAAACUAUACCAACGGACCUUCCAGAAGAGAGCCUACAGCUGUCACUAGCAGAAAAAUCAUCUUCUCCUCAUGAUCAAGAUGAUAUUUCCGAGACUAUCGAUGAGGGUAAAGGAGGAGCUAGCGAGUCUAUUACUCAAGAGCAGGUACCGUCAACUAACUCUGCCCAAGAUGCAAACUUCUCCCCUCCAGCAGAAAAUGUGAUGAAGGAUAUCCCCUCAGAGGCGGUUGUUGGGGACGUUAUCGAGACUCCACAAGGGUCAGCAGAGGAAUCGUCGGAACUUAUGAACGACCUUGCGAAGAACGAAGAGGAUGGCAAAGCUCUUAGCAGCCAAGGCCCAGAGACUGAGGCCUUGAAUAUCGACUCGCCAUCUCUAGAAUCUACAAGCAUUAAGAAGCGCGAUAGUAUAGUAACUGGAAAAGAGCCUGACGUAGUAGAGGAGGCGUUAGCGGUGGCGCCAAACGAUACCUCGGAGUCUAGUAAGACACCCGAGAUGAGCAGCACCGAGCUAAAAGAACAGCCCCUAGCCGAUCAACAAACUAAUGCCGACUCAUCGCUAGCAAAGGAGCUAGAAUCCGAGCCUUCUUCCCCUGUCAGCCGCAAGAACAAGAAAAAGAACAAGAAAAAGAAAGGGUCAAGUGCUCAAAUCGAAUUAGAAUCAUCUUCAGGAAUACAAACGCCGACAAAUCAAAAAGUGGACCCAAGUGGUAGCAUGAGUGAGACUAUCGCAACGGAGCAUGCGACUCAGGAUAUGGAAGGGACUAUAGGGAACGAGG